AUGGCUUCGAGAGCUUUCUCCAAGGCCCUGCGUGGCCCCCUCGCCCGCCAGAUGGCCGCUCCCGCCCAGCAGCGCGCCGCCUACUCUGUCGCCCGCAGCGCUCUUCGCGCCGCCGCCAUCGCUCCCCGCGCUGUCGCUGGCGUUCAGCAGCAGCAGGUCCGUGGCAUGAAGACCAUUGACUUCGCUGGUCACCCCGAGGACGUCUAUGAGCGCGCCGAUUGGCCCCAGGAGAAGCUCCUUGAGUACUUCAAGAACGACACCCUUGCCCUCAUCGGCUACGGCUCUCAGGGCCACGGCCAGGGUCUCAACCUCCGCGACAACGGACUCAACGUCAUCGUCGGUGUCCGAAAGAACGGACAGUCCUGGAAGGACGCCGUUCAGGAUGGCUGGGUCCCCGGCAAGAACCUCUUCGAGGUCGACGAGGCCAUUGGCAAGGGUACCAUCAUCAUGAACCUCCUCUCCGACGCUGCUCAGUCCGAGACAUGGCCUGCCAUCAAGCCCCAGCUCACUGAGGGCAAGACCCUGUACUUCUCUCACGGCUUCUCUCCCGUCUUCAAGGAGAAGACCAACGUCGAUGUCCCCAAGAACAUUGACGUCAUUCUCUGCGCGCCCAAGGGCUCUGGCCGCACCGUCCGCUCCCUCUUCCGCGAAGGCCGCGGCAUCAACUCGUCCUUUGCCGUCUUCCAGGACGUCACCGGCAAGGCUCAGGAAAAGGCCAUUGCCAUGGGUGUCGCCAUUGGCUCCGGCUACCUCUACCAGACCACCUUCGAGAAGGAGGUCUACUCUGACCUCUACGGUGAGCGCGGCUGCCUCAUGGGCGGCAUCCACGGCAUGUUCCUCGCCCAGUACGAGGUUCUCCGCGAGCGCGGCCACAGCCCUUCGGAGGCCUUCAACGAGACCGUCGAGGAGGCCACUCAGUCUCUGUACCCCCUGAUUGGCGCCAACGGCAUGGACUGGAUGUUCGAGGCCUGCUCCACCACUGCCCGCCGCGGUGCCAUUGACUGGACCCCCAAGUUCAAGGACGCACUCAAGCCCGUCUUCAACAACCUUUACGACUCUGUCCACGACGGCACCGAGACCCAGCGCUCCCUCGACUACAACGGCCAAUCGGACUACCGCCAGAAGUACGAAGCCGAGAUGGAGGAGAUUCGCAACCUCGAGAUCUGGAGAGCCGGCAGAGCUGUCCGCGCCCUCCGCCCCGAGAACCAAAAAUAA